AUGCUUCUUUUUAAGCGUCCCCAUCUCCGCGCAUGUGAAAGUCAUGCCGACAUCGCCGUCGAUUUGGCGCCCUUAAGUCAGCUAAGAAACUACGCGGAAUUCGAAGAACUUCUUCGGGAGGAGCUUCAGAAGAUUUAUGGGAAUGCACCUGCGGAGUUUCAUGGUGUCAUCACGUACAGUACACGGGAUGCACCGCAAAGUUUUAGAGGAUGCUUCACAGAGCGUCAACUGGAAACACUACAUCAGUAUGAUGCUGCUGUGGAAAAAAUAAACCACCUAAGUAGUGAGUAUAGAGUGGCUCUUGAGGAACAUGAGCGUCUCGUGGAGGGGAAUAAAGACCGAAAGCCUACCCAAAAGAGAAUCAGGGAAGAAGAAAAGUCACGAAAACGUCUCCGAGCAAUGAAACGCGAAGUUGUGGCGGCUGAGUAUAAUAAGGAGUGUCUCUCACUGAAGUUGAAGAACCUUUUUUCCAUUGAUGUCAUCCGCGUCCCACUGCACUGA